AUGAAAACAUCGCUUCCUAGCCCCGACGGGCUAAACUGCGCGGCCAUUGCAUUUGGAAGUAAUCUGGGAGACCGAGUCGCAAACAUUGAAGCUGCUUUGUCUAAAAUGAGAGAGCAAAAUCUCCGCGUGACCAAGCUCAGCGCGCUGUAUGAGACAAAGCCCAUGUACUAUGAUGAUCAGGACCCCUUCUUGAACGGUGUCUGCCAGGUCGAGACAAGUCUUGAACCUCUGCCACUACUGGAUAGGCUGCAGUCAAUUGAGAAUGAGCUGGGCCGGAAACGUAUCAUUGAUAAAGGCCCAAGGACAAUUGAUCUGGACAUCGUCCUCUACAAUCAGGAUCACAUCAAGCACCCUCGUCUUCACAUCCCACACAUCAGCAUGCUGGAACGAGACUUUGUGCUCAGACCUCUAGCAGAGAUUUUGCCCAACCAGCAUCUACCCUCAGACUUCAUUCCAAACGGAUCGAAUCGGACAAUAAGCCAAUUCCUGCAAAGUCUCCCAGAGAAGGACACCACUAUGUCGCCAGUCACUGUCCUGCACCCGGAUUUGCCACUCAUCCGAGUCCGGGAUGCGACUCGCAAGACUCAUGUAAUGGCUAUAUUGAACUUGACGCCUGAUUCAUUCUCGGAUGGAGGCGAGCAUACAGAUUUGAAGAUGGUCAGAGCCUCGGUGGCCAAAUUCAUUACUGCAGGCGCAACCAUUAUUGACAUCGGCGGACAAAGCACCCGACCCCGAGCAGAUUUCCUUGGUCCUGAGGAGGAGCUGGCACGCGUUCUCCCAGUCGUUCGUGCCAUCCGGGAAAUGAACGGAGCUGACAAAGUUGCCAUCAGUAUUGACACUUUCCAUUCAGAUGUGGCUCGAGAAACCAUUCUAGCCGGAGCAGACAUCAUCAACGAUGUCUCCGCAGGGUUAUUGGAUGAGCGGAUGCUGUCAACCGUUGCCGAGCUCGGAAAGACCGUUGUUCUCAUGCAUAUGAGAGGCGAUCCUCACACCAUGACACAGCUAACUGCUUACCCGGACGGCGUUGUGCACGGAGUGGCAAGAGAACUUUCCGCACGGCUUCAAGCCGCCUUGGACGCUGGUAUUCCUCCUUGGCGCAUAAUCCUCGACCCGGGGUUGGGCUUUGCCAAGAAUCAGGCGCAAAAUCUCGAGCUUCUGCGGAGUCUGCGGCAAUUGCGAGAAAGCACAGAUUACUCGUCUCUUCUGCAAAACUAUCCUUGGCUGAUGGGACCGAGUCGCAAAGGCUUCGUCGGUAAAAUUACAGGGGUCGCUGAAGCUUCGCAGCGAGGCUACGGAACUGCUGCCGCCGUCACCGCAAGCAUCGAAGGCGGAGCCGACGUCGUUCGAAUCCACGAUGUUAGCGAAAUGAUGCAGGUCACCAAGAUGGCGGAUGCUAUUUACCGCCGGCCCUGA